AUGUCGGGCUCUGCGUCCCAGAACGCAAUUUGCCAACGGCAACAGACGCCCAAGCCACCCAAGGGCAUCCCCAAACCCCGCGCUCAAAGCUCUGCCCCGCCGCAUCUGGGCAGCACCGACGACGACGAGAACAACACCGACAACAACAACGCCGCGCGAGUGUCGCGCGAGCAUCUGGCCGUGAUCCACGAGCAGGCGCGGUGGCUGCAGCAGCUGCGCGACGAGGAGAUUCGGCCGGCGGUGCUGGUGGAGACAUUCGAGCGGCUGAGCCAGUUCCCGGUCGACGCAUCAGCGUCGGCGACACGACCAUCAGCAUCAGACGCUGGCGAGUUCGUGGCGGCGGUCGAGGGCUUCCUGCCGAGCGAGUACGCGGACCUGAUCGAGGAGCGCAACUGCCUGGGCAAGUGCGGGUAUGCGUUGUGUCCGCGGCCGAAGCGCGCUUACAUCGGGGAGUUCAAGAUCAUGGCGUCGGGCAUCGCGCGCGUUGACGACCUGAACAAGUGGUGCUCGGACGAUUGCGCAGCGCGCGCGCUAUCCAUCAAGGUGCAGCUCGACAACCCGACGUACCUGAGGAAGAACGGCCAGACCAUCGCCAAGAUCGAGCUACGGGAGGAGAAGAAUGGAGAGAAGGAGCCGACAUCGCUAGCCAGUGCCAACGACCAAGAGCUGGCUCAAGCCGAGGCCAGCAGCGGGAGACAGGCCGCGAGAGCCGCUGCUGCCCUUUCCGUCGAGCGAGGUGACGCCGGACGACCGCCCAGACCAGGCACCAUGUUCAACCUCACGAUCCGGGAAAAGAUCACAGUUAGCCCUGCUCAGCCUCCGGAUCAUGAGCAACUAGUGGCUGAAGACCGAGAUACGCAUCUUAGGAUUGAGGGCCACAGGAUCAAGUUUGGCACUAACAAGGUUGACGAGGAAAGUGACGAUGACGACAUCCCGGCAACAAUCCGUCUUUGA